AUGAAACAUGAAUCUCUUCCAUCAUUGAACAACUAUGGCAACGACAUUGACAAUGAUAAUGGCAAUGAUUGGUCGACGGAAACAAACUGGCAUGUACUACGAUACCUUACCAAUCAACUAUUGAUUGAUCAUCUGGUACUGAGUGAGUCCAAUGCCUUUGAGCAGCUGGUCCAUCACUGUCAACCAUUGGCCCUUCAGAUCCUUCAUGUUAUAUUCUCACCAGACUACAUUGGAUCAACAAAGACCACACUACCCAAUGCUGAAGUGUUACUACCAAAGCUAAUGUCAUUGGUAGUUAAUCAUUGGAUUGCUGCCAAGCCAUCUAUGUUAUUGGUCAACGACAAUGACAACGACAACAACAGAGGACUGAACAUACUACAAUCAGUAGUUCGCCUAUGUGUGAUUGGACCAUUACAACAACAAGAGCGAGAUCAUUCAUCAACAACUUUCAGUGACAUUCUUUAA